CUUUCAACUUCAUUUAAUCGUUCAAUAUGCCUUCUACACUCUCAGAAUGCUGGAGAAUGUCGAAUUUCGUUUCCUCCCGGUUUUUUUGCGACCCUUCUCGGUCGCUUAUGGUGGAAUCCUCAACGCCCGGCCACUGCAACCGCCCAGUGCUCGCUGAGCCCUUACCUGCUUUCGCUCUGGCCCCCCAGGAUUGCUAAACACGCAAAGGCCUUGUGACAGGAUGGACCAGAACCGCUCCCGUUUGACUAUCAUCAUGGAAUGCUAUCGGAAGACGAGCGGAAGCAUCUCCCUCCAGGACUUUACGGUCGGCCUAGUCGCAAAAGGGCAGGACUGAGGCGAGACGACGUCAAACGCGGACAGCGUCGGCUCCCUCACCGUCCGUUGUAGCACUACGCCGCAGAGUUGGCAGCCGUAGGCCCGUCCCGAUAAUGGAGAAAGCUUUGCGCAGCCGACGACGGACUCUCUUACGGAAGUGAUAAUCACGAGCAUUCCUGCUUUGACACAUGCAUUCUUGCCAUAGGUCACUCAUGUGGAUGGCGCUGGUUCGUUGGGAACCGUACAGCGGUGUGAGGAGUCAUAAGGACAACAGACACAUGGUCAGGCAGACCCACGACGAAUGGUAAAUCACCAAAGCCGCUGGCAACCGAAUUAUAGGCACUGCGCGGAGGAAGAUCUUAGCUACAGCGCACACGCUAAAUUGCGGAGCUUCGGUGUCACGCCAGGUCCGAUUCAGCCCAACGACAUCAACGGUCGCCAAGCAACUGUCCAAACCCAAACGCCUCUUCGCAACUAUACAUAGACCAAAAAAGACGUACAGAGAGGGUGAUGCGAAGAGUUCCUCGUAGUGGAUGAAUCGUCUCAAUACAGGUUAAACCCAGAGCGGGAUUAGUCUCGGCUUGCGGCUGAACAACUGGGCUGCAUCAAAGUCUCCAUAGCCGAGAAAGUUAACUUGCCGCUACGAACGGCCCAAUCACCGUACAGCUACGCAUGCAUGAUUUGACGGCGCAGUGCAUUAUCGCUCUGCUUCCUCGCCCACACCGACGGCAAUGCCCUUUGAAGUAGGCGCAAGUCUGGUUGAAGAGAGGAGCAGGUUCCGUGGCGCCAUGCAUUCGCUACACUCAUAGCCAACGAGCUGGAUCAGAACUUGGUCGUCCGUAUCUCUACGCCGUUCGCCAUAUAUAUGCAUCCCACCUGUGUGACGUGCCUGUUCCUGUUCAUACUGUUGUGACACGCCGCAAACUCCUUACCUUUUCGACUCUUGUAAAGUUCACCUGACUACUGAACCAUCUUCCAGUCUGAUAAACAGACCAGAUCGGCUUCACACUAUCCUUUCUCCAUUCUAUACUCUCGCACUGUUUGCAAUUCUGUUCUUGGAUGUUCUGCACCGCUCUUUAGUCCCUAGAUUAUGGUUAUGCUUGCGUCCACCUCUCCGCUCGUCCUCGAGCGACAUCCUCAUAUUGCUGGACCAAAAGGUUCAUCGACUCACUCCGUGAAUACUCUGUACGAUGAGAAGGCUCAAUCAAACAUCCAUCUGAACUCUACAACUUCUAGCAGCACACUGUUCCAACCCGUUAAGAUCCAAGCUGCAAAGCAAGAGGCUCCUCUUGCCAGAAGGGAUGUUAUUACACGUAUCAAGAAGGCCCUUAAGGGCUCCAAUGCCAAAGCCAAAGGAUCACUCGAUCCGGGUGUGCCCUACAAAUUCUCGACUGCCUCCGCAUCAUCGUCCGUUAUCUCCACAGAUAAUCUAAAGAACAAACUUGAAGGCUACAACAUGAAAGUGGAAAAGCUCCGUUCCGUCGAAUAUCCAGACCUUAAGGGGCGUGCGUAUCUAGAUAAUGCUGGUACUCAGCUCCCUGCCAAAUCACUCGUUGAUAAGUUCGCAAAAGAUCUUGGGGCCCACAUAUAUGGCAAUCCACAUACACACUCCCUGCCAGCACGCAACUCAUCCUCCCGUGUCGCCACCGUUCGUAAACGGGCGCUCGAGUUCUUUCGUGCCAAUGCAGAUGACUACGACCUUGUCUUUGUAGCUAAUGCCUCAGCAGCCAUCAAACUUGUUGGCGAGUCCAUCAAAGAUUACGUUGACUCGAUGAAUGAUGAGCGUAAAGGGAUGAAUGCAUCGAAGUUCUGGUAUGGCUAUCACAAGGACGCACACAACAGUCUCAUCGGCACAAGAGAAUUAACGAAGGCAAAUUCACACUGUUUCAAAGACGAUGAUGAGGUUGAGCAGUGGAUUCAAGGCUUGUCACAGGAAGCAACUACCUCAUCCGAUGGUUCUGACUCUGCCAUUGUCAGUCUCUUUGCGUACCCAGGGCAGUCGAAUAUGACAGGCCGUCGGCUACCGCUUCGCUGGCUGAAGGACAUCAAGACAAGAUCUUCGAACGUAUUCACCCUUCUUGACGCCGCUGCACUGGCUACAACCAAGCAGAUUAACGUCGACGAAUGGCAACCAGAUUUCAUGGCAAUUUCGUUCUACAAAAUUUUUGGCUUUCCGGAUCUUGGUGGCCUUCUCAUCCGUAAAUCGGCGGCGCAUCUCUUUAGUAAGAAGAAGUAUUUUGCUGGCGGUACUGUCGAUGGCGUUACGGUUCUGGAGAAGCCGUUCAUGGUUCGCAGGACGCCGCUCAAUGAGCAACUAGAGGAGGGCACGCUACCCUUUCACAACAUCAUCGCGCUUGAUCACGCGCUAGAUGUGCAUCGAAAGCUCUUUACGAAUAUGGACACAAUCUCGUCACACGUGGCGGCAUUGACAGGCUACUGUUACGCCCAGCUUCGCACACUCAAACACAAAACCGAACAACCGCUCUGCGAGAUAUACUCAACUUCGUCAAUAGGAGAUCCCAGCACCCACGGUGGUACUAUCUCCUUCAACGUGUAUCGAAGCGACGGGUCCAAAGUCGGCUACCGCUCUGUUGAACAAGCUGCUGAUAAAGCUAACCUAUACGUCCGCUCGGGCGCUAUGUGCAACCCCGGCGGCAUGGCCACUCAUUUGGGAUGGAGCCCCGAGGAACUUGAGAAUGUCUUCAAAGCAGGUAUGCGAUGCAGCAAACCCAUCGAGGUUUGGCAAGGGAAAUGGACCGGUGUCGUGAGAGUCAGCUUCGGUGCCAACAGUACAAGGAGCGAUGUGGAUAUGCUCAUUGACUUCUUGAAGAGGGUGUAUGUUAACGGAGCCGACGGACAUCCUCCGGUUGCUGCCGCUUCGUAGUUGCUCGUCUAUUCUGUUGGUAAGGAUAUGGAAUAUGGAUGUCGCCCUUCCUUGGCUUUUACGGCGGUAUUUUUUUUGGCUUUUCGUUUGUUUGCUGCUGGUUAUUUCUUCUGUCUAAUCAAGGUGCACGUCACCACAGCUGCUUCAUCACCCCAACUGAUUUUGUAUCAUUACGCACCCACGGCGCUCAGAUUUUUUUUGUCCGUUUUGGGAUCCGGAUUAGAUCCUGCUCAUGACCAUGUUUUGGAGGCGCCACAAAAUGUCUACCUUGGUAUCUGUCUUGCCUCUUUGAUUGAAGGAGGAGCUGGAUCACAAGAUCCCAACUUAAUUUAUCUAUAACGCGGGAGUCAAGGCUAAAAUUGAGAAGUUAUAUUUCAAGGCUCCAGAACCUUCGAGUUUAAUAUCUUACGAAGCCAAUUGUCCUGAAAUACAAGUCUCCUG